AUGUCCGUCGAUGGACACCUUAUCGCUGAUGUGCAGCGACUCCGGCAGCUCGGGGGGCAGUCGCUCUUCCACCUCGUUGUCGGUGGUAAAGGUACGGGCAAAAGUACGGCACUUCAGAGCUUCGUAAGUGGACUGCAGGUGACGACCAAGGCGCGGCACGCGGCCGGAGUGCAUGACUGUGUUCUUACCGCACCGGCAGCUGCUUCGCCCGACGAUGACUUCACUCUGUGGACGCUGACCUACGACUCUGUGGCGCGCGGCAGCUCGACGUUAGGCGCGCUCUCUACCCGUACAGCACUGCUUCGGCCCUUCUCGAUCGUCGUCGCUGAUGACAUUGACCUCCUCUGGCUCCUAUGCAGCAUGAACGGCCUUCUGCCACCCCUCCAGCGUCUCCUCCAGGCAGCGUUGACGAGCUCGUCGUGUGCGAUUGUUGCUAGUGCUCCCAGUCAGGACACGGUGCCGGCAUGGCUACUAGAACAAAAGGUACCUGCUCUCUACCCGCUCCGCGAGCUUACCGAGGCGGGAGCGAGGCGGCUGUUGCGCAGCGUUCCUCAGCCACUCUUCAAAUCACGUGGCGAGCUGCUCAUUAGCGUGCAGACCCCCUUCACCUCACGCCAAAUGUUUCUCUUCAACACAUGCAUGACACUGGAGGCCGCCUCGCACGGCGCCACGGGAGAAAAGCUGCGCUCACUGGUUCAGGAGGACUGCGGGUUCCUCCACCACCGGCGUUCCUCCACUGGCGCGCAGCGCGUACCUCCCCGUCUUUACGGCUUAGGCGAGGUUCGCCAUCGCAUCAGGACUCUUGUCUCUGUCUUCGCCACUCACAGUAGCCCAGGCGGUGGCGGUCGGCUGAUGGCAUCCCUCCCCUCCUCCACCGGGUUGCUUCUUCACGGCCCAUCGGGGUGCGGAAAGUCCAGCCUCGCCCGCCAGAUAGCCGCCGACUUUCCUUCUAUCCCAUUUUUCUUUGUGGAAUGCACGAUGCUAUUCUCCAAGUACCUUGGAGAGAGUGAGGCGCAGUUGCGGGAGGUGUACCGUCGAGCACGGACACGCCCUCCGGCGGUGGUGGUACUGGAGGACCUGGAUGUCAUUGCACAGUCUCGCGGCGCGAUGCAGCAUGGAGACGGGGACCAGAGCAGCGGCAACGGCAAAAACCAGCCCGACGUCACAAGGCGCAUGCUGGCGGGUCUCCUCUGCGAGCUGGACGGCGUCACAGACAACAGUGGCGUACUCACCAUUGGAAUCACGAAUGCACCGCAGGUGCUAGACGCUGCCGUCCUCCGCCAGGGCCGACUUGAAACGCUUGUGUACAUUCCGCCCCUCACGCAGGACGGAGCAGAGGAGUGGUGCACGCAUUUUUUUGAGCGAUUCAACGGCGCAGAGGGAGAGAGGCGCGAGUGCGUCGUGACGGUGGCCAGCCACGCAGUCGGUUGCGCUGCUGCGUCGCUUCAGUACGUCCUGCGAAAAGUGUUCGAAGCAAGCGUGCUGCGUCACGGUUGGGACGCAGCCACAGCCGGAUCGCUGCCCUUGCCGACCCUUUCGGAGAUUCAGGGACACCUCUUCGAGAGCUGCUCCGUGCUGAGGCGUGUGAACCACCCCCACUUCGAGUAA